AGCCAUGGCCAUCCUCGUGGGCAGAAGGGGAAUGAGGAGAGCAGGGUGGGACAGGACUAGGUCUCUGAAGCUGUCUUGCCCAUCUGCCACCUGGUUGCCACCUACCCUCUUUCUGUACCCUGAAGACUCGCAGGAGCUGGGGAUGACUCUUUGUGAACCUGGGGAAGCUGAGAACCUGGUACAGACUUCCCUAGCCCAGGCAGCAGCCCCGAGGACAUGGACAGACUCUAUUUUGGUGGUGGUCCCAAGGGGGACGAGGACAGAUUCACCUAUGACUAUGACACCAUCCGAAAUGGAGGCCUGAUUUUUGCUGGCUUGGCAUUCAUCGUGGGGCUGAUCAUCAUCCUAGGCAAAAGACUUCGCUGUGGGGGCAAGAAGAAACGCCGGCAAAUCAAUGAAGAUGAACUUUAACUACAGGGCCAGUCACAUCCUCGCUUGCAGAUUCUGCAGUUGGUUUCCUUUUACAAGGUUGCUGUGUCUAUUCUGGAACCUGCCUCAGUUCCCGCUAUCAUUUAUGCCUUUGCUACUGGAACUUUCCCCCAAGGCCAAGACUGGUUUGGGCUCUGUGGUCUGCAUCCCCUGUCUCCCUCCCUCCUUCCCUCCACAGCCCUCUUUGAAUUAAUAAUAAAGCUGGCUCUUGAGAGGA